ACAUACAUACGGUAUUCUUGUUCAACAUAAAAAAAUAUAAAAUUUUGUGAAUUGUUUUAAAAAUCGUCAUUUAUACAUCCAAUAUAAAUAAAAUCUACAUUUAUAUGUUAUUUAGCAUUACAGUAUAAGUAUGGUUCUUAAAUGUUAUUUAAAUUGCAGUGUUUGGAAACGGCUUUAUGCAUUUCCUAAAGAUCCUGAAGAAAGAAUGAAAUGGUGCAAAAUUCUCAAUGUAGAUUUUGAUCGGAUAGCGCCCUCCAGCAAACUUUGUGAAAGACACUUUGAUCCAAGGUUCUUAGGAGCAAAACAUUUAAUAAGACAUUCUAUACCACCAGUUAUUCCUCUGGCAAACAAUAAUGAACUCAAUGACCAAAACAUGGAAAACUCGCAACAAGGCCCGGAACUUAGUAAUUCCACAUCUUGUUCCCCCCACCUUGAAAUAGAAAUCAAAUCCGAAUGUAUUACAGAAGAUAUGGACCAAACAGAGUUUCUAUGUGAAGAUGAGCCAUCCGAUCAAGUUCGUGUUGUUAAUGAACCAUUGGUAGAAAGUGAUAACAUUACGCCCGAGUUGGCCCAUUUAUCCAGCAAAUCGAAAACGUCUUUAAAAACUUAUGAGAAGAAAAAAACAAAAUUCCUUAACUGUCACUGUGACUGCCAUAAAAGUGAUGAGACCACCACUAAGCUGUUGGGUCUUAUUGAAAAAGAAAAAACUAUGAAUAAGGAGCUAAAUAUCGAGGCAGAAUUAUACGCCCAGCAAAUAGUUGAACUCAAAAAGAAAUUAAAAAAAACUGAAGGCGAAUUGCAUACUUAUAAAGCCAAAGUAUCUGCAUUUUCCAAAUCCGUUAUUUGUGUAUCCAAAACUAAGCAAACAGAAGCGCGCAAAUUUGCAGAGAUGAUAUGCAGCACAAUUAGCAAAUACUCAAAGGACCAAAUGGAUUUGGCACAAUGCUUAGCAGAUAAGUUUCCAAAAUGCUAUGCGUUCUUGAGGGAUGAACUUUGUUUUCACCUGCCACAUCCACAAAAAUUAAGAGAGCGUCAAAUAUAUUUUAAAAAGGUCGUUAAGUCCAGCCUUAGCUUUUAUAGCACAGAAAAUACUGCAACACGCGAUGAUCAUUCCAUAGAGGAGGAUGUGAUUGUGAUUAAAUGAAUUAAAAUUAAGUUGAUAAAUAAAACUUUCUAUUUUCUAAGAAACAA